AUAUUAAAAAUAUUUUUCUCUACAAUAAUUAUUAUAUUUUCUAUUAUAAUAUUAUUUUUAAAUCACCCUUUAUCUAUAGGAUUAAUAAUUUUAAUUCAAACUCUUAUUAUUUGUUUAUUAUCUGGAAUAUUAAUUAACUCUUAUUGAUUCUCUUAUAUUUUAUUUUUAGUUUUUUUAGGUGGUUUAUUAGUUUUAUUUAUUUAUGUUUCAAGUGUAGCUUCUAAUGAAUUAUUUAAUAUAAAUUUUUUUUUAAAAAAUAUUAUAUUUUUAUUAAUAUUAAUAUCUUUAUUUUUAAGACUUUAUAAUAUAUACAAUUUAAAUUGAUUAAAUUUUUCAUUUAAUAAUGAAAUAAAAAAUUUAACAAAUUUUUUUAUUUUUUUUAAUAAUGAAAAUAAAAUUAAUUUAUCCAAAUUAUAUAAUAAACAAACUCAUUUAAUAAUAAUAAUAUUAAUUAUUUAUCUUUUUAUUACUUUAGUAGCUAUUGUAAAAAUUACUAAUAUUUUUUUUGGUCCUCUUCGAUCAACUAAUUAUUAA